AUGUCAGGAGAGAAGACACCAGAGGUCUCCACAGGACUAACUGGCGCUCGUGCUGGGAGACUGUGGCAGCCACCCAGCUCCAGGGUGCUCCACAAAGAUAGAACUCUGGCUACGCCUGGACCCCAGCCUCAUGGGGAAAGUUGUUCCCUCCCAGGAGAGGUGAAGACAGGGGAAAAACCCUCUUCUCCAGUCUCUAGUAAGCAGAAAAAGCCUAAUGCUGUGGCCUCAACAUCAUCUCCGGGUGUCUCUAACUCAGUCUGCACCCCACACAACCCAGUACCUUGUGGGUCAGGCCGGGGGCCCUGCCACCUAGCCAACCUUCUCAGCACUUUGGCCCAGAGCACCCAAAACACAGACCAGAAAAAGCGGCCCCCAGAAGUGACCUGCCAAGUUCGGAAAAAGACUCGAACCCUGUACCGCUCAGACCAGCUGGAGGAGCUGGAGAAAAUAUUCCAAGAAGACCACUAUCCUGACAGUGACAAACGCCGGGAGAUUGCGCAGACUGUGGGGGUCACCCCCCAGCGCAUCAUGGUAAAGGGGCUGGGCUGGCUGGUGGGGGGUGCAGAGGACCCCACGACUGGAAUGCCCCAGUGGCAGAGGACUAUGCUCAGUGGCAGCCUGACUAGGGCUUGGGUGUGGUUCCAGAAUCGCCGGGCCAAGUGGAGAAAAAUGGAGAAACUAAAUGGGAAAGAAAACAAGGACGGUUCUGCACCCCUGGCCCCUGGCCCUGCCAGUGGUCAGAGCAGCUCUGCAGCCAAGCUCCUGCCUACUGUGCCCUCAGACCCAAAGCACGAUCCUUUCCCUCAGGGGACACCUCUGGACACCUUUCCAGAGGCCCCCAUGCUGCUGACUUCUGACCAGACUCUGGCUGCCACCCAACAGAGUGAGGGUGGUCAGAGGGUGGUGACCCCUCCGCUCUUCAGCCCCCCACCUGUUAGAAGGGCCAACUUUCCUUUUCCCCUUGGCCCUGUCCACACCUCCCCACCGAUGCCUUUGCUGAUGGAUGUCCCUGGUCCUGACGGAAGCCACAAGGAUGGCCCAUGUGGGUCCUGGGGGACGAGCAUCACUAUACCACCUCCCUGCUCAUUUUUGGAGGAUCUGGAGCCCCAGGAUUACCAGCAGAGCAACCAGCCAGGCCCAUGCCCACUGCCCCAGGGCCCUCAGAGUCGACGGUUUCAGCCCCCACAGCCCCAGUUCCCAUCCCUCCCUUAUUUCCCCUACUCUGGGCCCAGCUCCCUGCCACUCCCGCUGCCAGAAGCGUCUCUCUUUACAUUUCCCUGUGGCUCUGGUGGGGGCACGUCACAGGGAUAUUGCCCAGGCUUCCCGUCAGGGCAGAUGCUGCUGCAGCCACCUGCUGGGAAUAUGGGCACGAUCUCCUGGACUGACCCCUGUAUGCCAGAGCUGCCUUUCUCUGCUUCAUUCUGCCCACAAAGCCUGGGACAUCCCCCUGGAGGAGAUGGCUACUUCUCUGAUCUAUUUUCGGCUCCCUUUGCUCAGACAACGAGUAGGCAGCUGUCACCAGGACUCACCCAGCUGCCUGAAGGGGCCAGACCAGGAACUGGUCCCUUACUCAGCAAGGUACAAGGAGAGCAGCCCACUGCUUCCCUGGGGCAGCCCUCGGCACUGGCAGAGGCCAGAGAAGGCAACAGGAGCAGCCAAGUGUCCUAG